CCUGAGAUUCUUUUGAACAGGAGCUCUGCUUCCCAUGACGCAGUGUCAACUGGGAUAUUUCUGGUAAAACUGAAAGAAGACACACCUCAAACCUAAGACUGCGUUUGAAGCAAGGACAGGAGAAACAGGCAAAAACCAAAGGGGGAGAUCAAGAGCGCAAGAAAGGAACAGUUUGUGACAGACAGGCCGCUUCUCCAGCUACUCACCAAAGUCAGAAGCAAAAUGUCUCUAAAGCUGCCCAGGAACUGGGAUUUCAACCUGAAAGCAGAGGCUGCGAAAAUAGCUCGGUCCAGGAGCGUGAUGACUGGCGAACAGAUGGCGAACUUUCACCCUUCAUCCACCCUCAACUCUCUGGAAAGGCCCAUCAAGAUGGGUUGGCUGAAGAAGCAGCGGUCCAUCGUGAAAAACUGGCAGCAGAGGUAUUUUGUGUUGAAGGCGCAGCAGCUGUACUAUUACAAGGACGAAGAGGACUCGAAGCCGCAGGGCUGUAUGUAUCUACCCGGAAGUACCAUCAAAGAGAUUGCUACAAACCCAGAAGAAGCAGGGAAGUUUGUCUUUGAAGUCAUUCCAGCCUCAUGGGACCUGAAUCGCACAGCACAAGACUCCUAUAUCCUCAUGGCCAGCUCCCAGGCAGAGAUGGAGGAGUGGGUUAAAUUCCUCAGGAGAGUUGCUGGAACACCAUCCGGAGUCGUGUUUGGCCAGCGCUUGGAUGAGACUGUAGCCUAUGAACAGAAGUUCGGCCCCCAUCCGGUACCCAUCCUGGUGGAGAAGUGUGCGGAGUUCAUCCUCAAGCAUGGUGUGAAUGAAGAGGGCAUCUUCCGCCUGCCUGGGCAGGACAACCUGGUGAAGCAGCUGAGAGACGCUUUUGAUGCCGGGGAGCGGCCAUCUUUUGACAGAGACACAGAUGUGCACACUGUGGCCUCUCUAUUAAAGCUUUACCUCCGAGACCUUCCAGAGCCCGUGGUUCCCUGGAGCCAGUAUGAAGGGUUCCUGCUCUGUGGGCAGCUCAUGAACGCAGAUGAGGCCAAGGCUCAGCAGGAAUUGACAAAGCAGCUCUCCAUCCUUCCUCGGGACAACUACAGCCUCCUGAGCUACAUCUGCCGGUUUCUACAUGAAAUCCAGCUAAACUGUGCUGUUAACAAGAUGAGUGUGGACAACCUGGCUACUGUAAUUGGUGUGAAUCUCAUCAGGUCAAAAGUUGAAGACCCUGCUGUGAUCAUGAGAGGGACUCCUCAGAUCCAAAGAGUGAUGACCAUGAUGAUCAGAGACCAUGAAGUCCUCUUUCCCAAGUCCAAAGAUACACCCCUGUCACCCCCUGCUCAGAAAAAUGACCCCAAGAAACCUCCAGUGCCCCGAAGCUCUGUGGGCUGGGAUGCCACCGAAGAGCCCUCCAUGUCUAGAACAGACAGCUUCAGUAACACGACAAGUGACUCCGAUGCCGUCAGCCCCACAGGAUCACAGCCAAAUGACAGGCAUCAGGACGACAGCAGCAAAGCCCCCAGAGAACAGCCAGGAGAUUGGAAGGUGCAGUCUCGAAAAAGAACUCAAACACUCCCUAACCGGAAAUGUUUCUUGACAUCAGCUUUUCCGAGUACCAACAGCAACAAAGUGGAGAUCUUUAAAACUGAGUUUUGGUCACCUUCUUCAGAGGUCAAGGCGGGGGAAGGGCACAGGAGAACCAUGUCUCAAGACUGGCGCCAUCUUUCUGACUCCCAGCGGACUUCAACUUAUGAUAACGUCCCUACAGGGUCCCGUGGUGAUGGCAUGGAUACACCCUCUUCCCCCGCUUCUGACUCCAAGAGACAUCUCCUUGCCAGCACAAACUCUGAAACAGGGCCCGAAGGGAAGAAUUCUGCAGAAGAGGAACUUGAUUCUUUGCAGAAGAUGGUCCAGGACCUACGGAAGCAAAUAGAAACACAGAAGAAAACGUAUGAAGAACAGAUUAAAAAUCUUGAGAAGGAAAAUUAUGAUGUCUGGGCUAAAGUGGUGAGGCUCAAUGAAGAAUUGGAGAAGGAAAAGAAGAAGUUCACAGCUCUGGAGAUUAGCCUUCGGAAUGUGGAACGCUCCCGGAAGGAUGUGGAGAGGAGGAACAAGGUUUUGGAAGAUGAAGUCAAAGCAUUUGUCAAAUCGAUGAAGGAACCCAAGACUGAACCUUCAGCGUCCUAGAAACACCAGAAGGACAACUCAAGAAAAGCUUGACUCUGCUCCUUUUCUCAGUAGUGUGUAACAACUGGAAAGGUAAUUUAAUUCCCUAAGAGGGAAAGGACAUUUUACAGGAAAUGUCAUAUUGCCUAAUAAGUAAAUCAAUGGAGGUUGCAGAGGGACGAGGAUGAGGAGAAGUACGUCUGGACACCUAUGACCACUUGUCACUGAACUCAAAGGGAUUGUAUUAUUCCUCUGUGCCCUCGGGAAGAGUGAAUGAAAUCUUCCAUGGUGGAUAACUAGUUCCAACAGAGAUGUAUGAGAUAGGUGACAUCUAAGGACCCAGGCAGAAAGCUGGCCUUAACCUGGACCUGGGCAGAGACAUUAGUGCUUUGUUUCUGCAUAGAAUAACUCACUCAGUCAGAUGGCCUUAAGGUACUUCUGAGGCAUGGGGCAGAAACUGAUAUUCAGCUCUCCAGAGCUCAUCCAGGAGGACUAUGAUUGAGAGGCUGUGACUGCUGGAGUGGGAACCCCAUUCUGCCAUCCUCAUCACAGUGCUCAUUCUCCAGGGGUUCUCAGACUUUAAUGUUAGAUUAAUGCAAAGCAAGCAACAAGCUGUAUUUAUAAAAGCAAAAUUGAAGACAAAACUGUAUUCAAAUAAAGUAAUUUUAAAAACAAAAAAGAAAGAGAAGCCUGUUGGCAAUUCAUACACCUUUGUAAGAAAAUGAAUGACAUCCUUUCCUCAGAGCAGACAUACCUCUCUCGGGCACGUGGCUGGGUGACCAGGACAUGAUAUUCAAGUCCUUUCAGUGGCCUUAAUGGUGUGUGGAGAGCCCAAGAACAAAGGUUUCUUACUAUGUUGUGACUUCCUUAGAGACUUGUGAGUUUACAUAUUAAAAGUUAUGAGAAUAAUAAUUUUUUCCACUUGUCAAAAUGCAAAUGAUUUUACCUUGUAAAGCUAUGUUGAUCACUUAGACAACAUCUAGGAGAUGAGUUUUCCCAGCAGAUGGCUGACUAUUCCUCUUCUGGGUCAAGCCAGCGUGGCAUUGGCCCCCUAGUCAGGCCCCAGAACCCUAGGAAGGUUAGUUUAGUUAGGUGAUCUCCAGGAAGUUUUUGACUUUCAAGUUCCUUCAAUAGAAAAUGCAGGCAUAUUUAUUUAUUCAUGAAUUACAG